AUGUCUUUAUUUCUUGUCAUUGGAGCUGGAGUCGUCGGCCUCACAACCGCCCUGGAGCUUCGGAAUCGGUAUCCCGCAGCCAAAAUAGUCAUCGCAGCAAAAUACCUUCCCGGUGACAGCGCACCCGAAUACACUUCUGCAUGGGGAGGUGCAAAUUGGUUUCCAGCUGCCACAGACAACGGUCCGCAACAAGCUUACGAAGCAAUAACUUAUCGCAAGUUCAAGAGGCUCUGCUCAGAAAGACCAGAAUGCGGCAUCAAACCCAUGCAGAUUAAAUGGCACUACGAGGUACCCAUCGAGGAAGCCGGGAUUCUAACCCCGGCUACAGGCAAGCUUUGGUUCGAGGAUCUGGUCGGUGGGCUAAGGAAUAUUGAGAAGGAGGAAUUGCCAAAAGGAACGGCUUUUGGCUUUGAGAUGGCUAGUUUUGUUAUCGAUGUACAGAGAUAUCUUCCGUGGUUGCAAACAGAGGCUACUCGCCUCGACAUUGAAAUACAUCGACGCAUCUUUGGUUCCAUUGACGAUGCGUUCAAGCGAUAUCCUCAAGCUACUGCUGUUUUCAACUGCACUGGUCUAGGCGCAAUGACGCUCGGGGGCGUAGAAGACAACACCAUGUAUCCCGCUAGGGGUCAGAUAUUGCUGGUAGAAGGCCCCGAGACGCCGAUGAAGAACAUGUAUUUCCGUGCUCCUCACCGCGCCGGCGAAGCCACACACAUCUUCCCCCGAGGCGAGAACGGCGGAGUCAUUUUGGGUGGGUGUCGUCAAAAGAACAACUGGAGUGGCGAGACGGAUCUUGCGUUCGCCGAGGUCAUCAAAAGGCGAUGCUGCUCGCUUGCGCCAGAACUAGGGAAGCCGGAGGAUUUGAAGAUCAUCAAGCAUGGGGUUGGGCUUCGUCCUGCAAGAGAGGGCGGACCGCGCGUGGAACCGGAGUUGCGCGAUGGCAAGUUGGUCAUUCACAAUUAUGGCGCAGGCGGAGUGGGAUUUCAAGCAUCGUGGGGUCUCGCGCAAUACGCGGCCGAUCUACUUCCUGAGAGAGCGCGGUUGUAA